CCGGCGAGGGCGCCGGCCGCUGGUGCUGUCUCAGGCUCGCUUCAAGGCCUGGCUGCGCUCGCCAUGCCGAACCGCAGGGCCAGCCGCAAUGCCUACUAUUUCUUCGUGCAGGAAAAGAUCCCCGAACUACGACGGAGAGGCCUGCCUGUGGCUCGCGUCGCGGAUGCCGUUCCCUACUGCUCCGCUGACUGGGCGCUCCUGAAGGAGGAGGAAAAGGAGAAAUACGCAGAAAUGGCUCGAGAGUGGAGAGCUGCCCAGGGGAAGGACUCCGGGCCUUCGGAGAAGCAGAAACCUGUUUGCACUCCAUUGAGGAAGCCAGGCAUGCUUGUACCAAAGCAGAAUGUUUCACCCCCGGAUCUGUCAGGCUUGUCUCUAAAAAGUGACCAAGCUCUCCUUGGAGGCAUUUUUUAUUUUUUAAAUAUUUUUAGCCAUGGCGAGCUACCUCCUCACUGUGAACAGCGCUUCCUCCCUUGUGAAAUAGGCUGUGUUAAAUAUUCUCUCCAAGAAGGAAUUAUGGCAGAUUUCCACAGUUUUAUAAAUCCUGGUGAAAUUCCACGAGGAUUUCGUUUUCAUUGUCAGGCUGCAAGUGAUUCUAGUCACAAGAUUCCUAUUUCGCACUUUGAAUCUGGGCAUGACCAAGCAACUGUGUUACAAAAUCUUUAUAGAUUCAUUCAUCCAAACCCAGGGAACUGGCCACCUAUCUACUGCAAGUCUGAUGAUAGAGCCAGAGUCAACUGGUGUUUGAAGCAUAUGGCAAAGUCAUCAGAAAUCAGACAAGAUCUAGAACUUCUCACAGUAGAGGAUCUUGUAGUAGGGAUCUACCAGCAAAAAUUUCUGAAAGAGCCUUCUAAGACCUGGGUUCGGAGCCUCCUAGAGGUGGCCAUGUGGGAUUAUUCUAGCAACACAAGGUGCAAGUGGCAUGAAGAAAAUGAUAUUCUCUUCUGUGCUUUAGCUGUUUGCAAGAAAAUUGCGUACUGCAUCAGUAAUUCUCUAGCCACUCUCUUUGGAAUCCAGCUCACAGAGGCUCAUGUUCCACUUCAAGAUUACGAGGCCAGCAAUAGUGUGACACCUAAAAUGGUUGUGUUGGAUGCGGGGCGUUACCAGAAGCUAAGGGUUGAGAGUCCAGGAUUCUCUCAUUUCAGCUCUUCUAAUGAAGAACAAAGAUCAAACACACCCACUGGUGACUACCCAUCUGGGGUGAAAAUCCCUGGCCAAAACAGCAGUGUUCGGGGAAGAGGGAUUACCCGCUUACUAGAGAGCAUCUCCAGUUCCUCCAGCAAUAUCCAUAAGUUGUCCAACUGUGAGACUUCAGUCUCACCUUACACAUCCCCAAAACACGGAUACAAAUCUUUCUCUUCCUUAUCUUAAUGAUGGUACAUUUCAAUUUCUGGAAAAAUAAUAGGGCAACUUUUCUUCUGCCUAUAGUCAUAUACUAAACAGAUGACAUCAUGAUAAAUGUCAUUACUAUAAAAACUACUUAAUUUGUAAGGAAAUUCUGUUUCACGGAUUAAAAAUAAUUGUGGUUGGAGAAGAUCUUGGCAUUUUUGCUUUUCUCUUUAGGGCUUGUUCUACUUUCUGACUGUAUUAUGGGAAUACCAUUAAAGUUUUGAGUCCUGUAAUAAAACCAGCAUUUUAAGAGUUGUGCUUUGGGGAAUGUUAUAUUUUUGUAUCUUUUCCUCCACAAUAAAGGUAUUGAAUAUCUGUUAUGAAAGAUU